CGUCGGCGCGGCGGCGGCGGCGGCGGGUCCGGCCGAGGCGGCGUCGCCGCUCCUGCACCGGCCGGCCGCCGCUUGCGGCCUCUCGGUGCUGGAGCAGCCACAGGGCAUGACCCACUGGCCGGCGCAUGUGUGCCCGUUCCGGCGCGCCGCCACCGCCGCCUCGCCAGAGAGCAGCAACGUCGGCAGCUACUACUACAAGGACUUCUUCUACGGGAAAGAGCACGAUACCUGGGUGGGCACGGACGAGUUUCUGGGCCCAGUGGCGGUGAGCGUACGCCGAGACCAGCUGGAGAGCGGCCGGUCGGACGCGGCCCGCGCUGACCGUCAGGUCGCUGUACACCCCUGCUACCGGAUCAUUAUCAGGUCCAGCGAGGUGGGCGUCAUGUACUGCCGAGCCGGCCAGGGCACCGAAGAGGAGAUGUACAACAAUGAGGAGUCUGGCCCCGCCCUGGACGAGUUCCUCGAGAUGCUCGGCCAGCGGGUGCGGCUCAAGGGCUUCGACAAGUACAAGGCGGGCCUGGACAACAAAACCGACUCGACGGGCCAGUACUCGGUGUACGCCCAGUACCAGGAGAACGAGAUCAUGUUCCACGUGUCGACCAUGCUGCAGUUCUCGCCCAACAAUCGGCAGCAGCUUCUGCGCAAGCGCUACAUCGGCAACGACAUCGUCACCAUCGUCUUCCAGGAGCCGGGCGCGCUGCCGUUCACACCCAAGCACAUCCGCUCCCAGUUCCAGCACGUGUUCAUCGUGGUGCAGGCGGUGAACCCGUGCUCCGACAACACCCAGUACAGGGUGGCUGUGAACCGGUUCCGGGACGUGCCGCCGUUCGGGCCGCCCAUCCCGGAGCACGCCACGUUCGCCAAGUCCAGGGCGUUCGCAGAGUUCCUCUACGCCAAAGUGAUCAACGCCGAGACGGCGGCGUACCAGUCGGACAAGUUCGUGACGAUGGCGCGGCGCACGCGCCAGGAGUACCUGCGCGACUUGGCGGCCAACUACCUCACUGACACGAGCCUGGAGGCGGCGCAGAAGUUCUCUAUCAUGUCGUUCAGCAGCCGCAAGAAGGACCGGCUGCGGCCUCGCUUCAACCCGGACGCCGUGCAGCGCGGCGCUCUCAGCUGGCAGGUCACCGUCGACGACCAGUCUCUGGGCAAACAGGUGGACUGCGUGCUGGGCGUGUCGGCGGACUCGCUGGUGCUGGCCGAGGAGGCGGCUGGCGCGCUGCUGUUCGCCGCGCCCGUCGCCAGCGUGCUGGGCUGGACGCUGCAGGGCACCAGCCUCUGCGUGUACUACCACCUGGGCGAGUGCCUGGUGCUGCGGCCGCGCACCACGCUCGACACCGAGGAGCUGGCCGAGGUCGCCGCCCGGCUGGCGGCCGUCUCCGGAGGCACCGACACCCAGGAGCUGCUGCUGCGCCGGAAUGCAAUGGGCCAGCUGGGCUUCCACGUGCAGCACGACGGUCUGGUCACCGAGGUGGAGAGCUACAGCGCCGCCUGGCAGGCCGGCCUGCGGCCCAACGCCAAACUGGUCCAGAUCUGCCAGAUGGCUGUCUGCACCAUGACGCACGACCAGAUGGUGGAACUGCUCAAGACGUCACUGACGGUGUCGGUGACAGUGGUGCCGCCGGCGACGGACGGCGCGCCGCGGCGCGGCUGCGCGCUCCCCUCCUGCGGCGCGCCGCCGCCAGAGGGCGACUACGAGAACGUGCCGGCGCUGGCGGCGAUGGCGCCGCCCGGCGGACAGGCCGACAACUAUGCGUCUCCACCCGGCUACCGGCCGCCGCAGCCGGCUGACGCGUCGACGCGUAAGGAGGUGCUGGACUAUAUGGAGCUGUCGUCGGUGCCGCGGCCGGUGGCGCCGGAGGCCAGCACGGGUCGCUCGCGCUCCACUUACCUGAUCGACUGCGGUCCGGAUCGGCCGCCGCUGCCGCCGGAUUACUGCCAGCUGCCGGGGCUGCCCCAGCCGUUCCGUAAAGAGCAGCCGGUGACGAGCGGGCUGUGGCCGCUGGGCUAUGGCCGCGUCGGCCAGGCCAGGGCUGGAAAGCUGUCGUCAGCUGUCGCCAACGGUGCUAUCUCUGCCAGCCAGCCGUGCAGCAACGGGUACACCGCCGGCGGCAGCUACAGCACCAACAGCCAGCAGGUCAACCAGAGUCACGGCACGAACAGCAAGCAGGCCAUGCAGUUGCUGGCCGUUAACGGUCAGAAGAUCAUGCAGCACCACGCCGUCAACAGUCAACUGAUCAUGCAGAACCACGCCACGAACAGCCAUCAGCUCGUACAGAACCAUGCCGUCAAUGGUCAGAAGCUGAUGCCCAACCACGUCGCCAACGGACACCACGUGCCGUCCAGCCACGCGUCCACCGUCGCGCAGCUUUCGCAGCCGGGCGGCGGCGGCGGCAGUGGUCGGCAGCCGUCGGGCGGCAGCCCGGAGACGGAGGCGCUUGAGCGGGCGCUGGCGGCUCGCAGCGAGGACGAGCUGAGCGGCGCCAGCGUGAGCUGCUGCGCCUGA